GUCUAAUGUCGAAGACUCAAACUAGCUUGACUGCGUGUCACGUUUGUUCUGUGUCUGUGUACGAAAAAUAAAAACGCGUAUGAAUUUUGUUUUGUUAAAAAUUUUAUGUGGACUAUUACAACACAAUAACAUUGUUUAUUCUAAUGAAGUGAACAUUCAAAGAAUUGAUUAACCACAACACGACUUAGGUUGUGUAUGAAAACAAUAUUUUCUUGUAUCAUUUCUACACCUACCUACUGGGCGACCGUGAAGGUUCAGAAUGUUACGUCAUUUUGGUUUUGGUGUGUGAUACAAACUUGAGUAUUCUGAUUUAGUUCUGGUUAGUGUUAUUAACGUAAAAUUAUUUUGGUGUGUUUAUCAUUCCAAACCAGUGUGAAAUGUUGUAAAGGAAUCUAAACAUUGGUGCACCGGCUGCGACAAGAUGCCGCCAUGUUAUUUAGUUAUGCUGUCAACCAGUGAUCGUGGUUAGCCCUGCGGGCUUUAUGUUUUAUUAUCUAAAUAGAUAUUGCAUCGUGAAAAAAUAGGAAAUUAGCCACGGAGCGCUCAAGUCCAGCAUUAACUGGUGCCUCACAUCUCAAUGAAUUAUAUAUGCCAGUUUUGGCCAAUGAAAAUGCAAGAAUUGAAUCCUGUGACCUCCAACUGGGAGACACAUGGAGGGGGAUGCAAAGCAAGAUGAGCGUGGCAGCGCCGGUUAAGAAGCAAAGAAAAAAGUCAGAAAAUAAGCCACAAUCGCAAAUAAAUAAGUGCCACAACGAGAAAAAAAGGCGUGAACUCGAGAACGAGACUAUAAAUCAACUAGAGGAGCUUUUGGGGACUUGCCUCGCUGAGGUGAAACAACCGGACAAGAACGGCAUCGUCCGCGAGGCUACGCGUCAGAUCCAGGACGUGCUGCAGCGGCGGCGCGAGUGCCCCGGCGAGUGUCCCUUACGUGCCGCACAGUGCUUGUCGCCUGUGCAAGCUGGCGAGGUCAGCUCCACCCAGCCGCAGUUGCUCAACGUUGGACAUCAAUACUCGGAGCUCACCACGCUUAUCGAGGCGUUAAAGCACUAUACUACUAGCCUCGGAUGGGUUUUGCUUGAGAUAAACGCUAAAGGAGAAAUCGAAUGCGUUACGGAAAAUAUUAAAGAAUUUACUUUGCAAGACAGAACUGAGCUGUACAAGAAACCGAUUUUCUCCUGUUUGCAUGUCAAUGAUCAUGCAAAGCUCAGGCCGCUGCUGAGGAACAUCCAGAAAUUUGCCUGGGGCUCAGGUGAAGUGGAUAGGUUUCACGCUAUUCCAGUCAGACUGCUCGUCAAGAAUACUAAUGGGACUGAAGGAGCUAGCUACGUGGAGAGCGUGAUCCACGCUGCGCCGGUGCGCGGCCCGUCCUCGGAGGAGGCCGGCUCCGUCAUGUGCGUCAUCCGGCGCUUCGAGGACGCGUCGGCCGCACUGCUCCCCGACGACGGCGGCCCGCCCGCCAUCGCCGCCAAACCCUCUGACCAUAUCGUCUUCAGGUUGGACAGCAACUAUACCAUACUAUCUUGUGAUCUAAGUGCUGUGGAAAACAAUUUAAACUCUCCCGUGUCUAUCGUUGGUACACGUUAUUUGGAACUAGUUGAAAGUGGUGAUAGACUUCGUGUAGUAGGACAUUUGCGGGAAGCUCAGUGUUAUCCCGCUCCUCCCGCAGUGACUGAUCCUUUUCGCAUCCGCAUCGCUGCCGAUCGACCUUGGCUCAGAGUCACUGCUCGCUCGCGAUUGUUUCGGGCUAAACCGACUUCCGGCGAUCCCGAUUUUAUAAUGUCUACUCAUACCGUUCUCGGCGACGAAGAAUUGGAUCUCCUCGAAGCGGAGAAUCCCCGCCCGACUGUGGGCGGUCCGUUGAUGACCUCCGUCGCGAACGGGGAGUCGUCCGCAUGCGAUCCACGGUAUCGCUCGUCUAUAAGUCCUGCCGAACCGCCGCCGUUCUCCAUCAACGAUUUCGAUCUCGAGCCUUGGACUUCGUCGUUUCCUCUUUCCGACAUGUCCACGGACGACUCGAAGGAGCGUAAAGAUAAUACUACGGAGGGUCGAUCGACGCCGUUGACGCCGCGCGCGCCCUCCACGCCGGGCGACGGGCCGAUAGCAGGCGCGUCAAACGAAGAACCGAAUCGGCUGCGGCUCUUGUUGAGCAAGAAGCCGACGCCGGGCGAGGGUGCGACGAAUACCAACAAUCGUAUCCUGAAGGACUUGUUGAGGCAGGAGGACGAGGAGGCAACGGGCAGUGAAACUUCGGCGCCGCACACGCCUCUAACGCCCCAUACUCCUCACACGCCCCAUACGCCCGCAGCGGCUCUCUCACCUUUGCAUCCAGCGCAGAUGCAUCCUCGUCCGCCUCACUCAGCGCACAACGCGCACGGCGCUCAUAACGCGCACAACGCACACGUUGCACACAACGUGCAACACGCUGCCCAUAAUGCACAUAAUAUGCAACAGCAACAACACUCACACAAUUCCGAUGUACUUUUGAGGAUAUUAAAUGAUAAAACAGAUGAAGAUGCCAGGGAAAGAAGAAAUUCUGGUGACGGGGGCAGGAGUUCGUCACAACCUAGCGCAUUAUUAUCACAGCUGUUGUCUAGCAGUAAUGGUCCUUCCGGUAACGGUCGCUCCCAUGAUGGUAGUGAAGGUUAUAUGGAAAGGAUUGCCGGUGUCAAACGCAAGCUAGACGAAGUUAAAGUUACGGUUAACAAUGUUAAAAGGGCUACACCUGAAAAUCAACAGGUGACAUCUAGUGCCGUGUCCAUUGCUUCGUCGUCGUCGUCCUCAUCCACAGCGACCUGUCCGGCGACGAGUAUGAGUGCAUUGUGCCAGAAGAAUCAGAUCUUAGUGUCGCUAUUGGCGCGUCAGCAGACCACACCUACUACACCGCCGCCGCUGCCGAACCCAAACUUACGAGCGUAUACAGCUUCUGUAAGACCUCGGCCGCCGCCGCCUACGCAUCAAAUGCAAACGCCAAGGCAUCAUCAUUCAACCAUCACCAAUAUCUUGGCGGAUGCCGCACAUAGAGUGAAUAACUUGAACGGUGGGUCGGGACCCGGGGGCGGAGGUGGGGGCGGGGGCUCUGGCGGCGAGUGCCCGAGUAUGCACGGCGCGCAGAGCCACUUGCAGAUGGUGUUGCAGGGGGGCGCUCGUGCCGCUUACGGUUCACAGCCCGCGCCCCCCCUUCACUACGCUACCACUGCGCCACACCAUCCGUACAACAAUCAGCCACCAAGUAGCAGUAAUCGUGCUCAAGGUGGAACGGGUGCCGGCGACAGCGAGGUACCAAGUGACCAGACACUGUCAGAUAUUUUAGAUGAGGUCAUAGAAAAUAUGCCAGAUGCUGAUCGAAAUGCGCCUGAGUCCGUUAAAGAGAAAACCGCAAUGAUAAAUGAAAUACGGAAAAGUCUUAUGCAAUGCGAGACCGUCAGUAAAAGUCCCGUAUCGAGUCCGGGUACUCCGCCCGUGUAUCCCGUCCAAAGUCCGGGCUCGUGUAACAUGGGCGGUAGUAGCGCGGGCGGGAAGAGUGGAGCGCCUAGUGCAAUGUAUGGGGCGGCGGAAGCUGCGCGUGCGCGUGCUCUAGCCGAACAACAUAACCGCUUGCUGCAGAUGCAGCUCACGCAACAGAUGCUCGUGUCCCCCGAGGCUGCCGAACAGCCGCAACAAGACCUUGGUUCUACAAUAAAUGCCUUGGUGUCAGGUACGCCACCCAACGUGGCUCUUACCCGGACAGACUAUCAACGUUUAUAUCAUCCCACUAACCAGAUGGGUUCAAAUUAUGGUUCAAAUAAAAUCACUACCUCGCAGCAAAACCCUAUGCUAAGUCGGCAAUUGAGUGGUUCUGGAUCAAGCGGCUACUCCCAUAGUGUAGCGAUGGCAAGUGUACAUACACCUAUGACCCCACAGUAUCACCGUGCACAGCGCCCGCAAUUAGUGGGCGGUUACUACGAGGACGGCGGCUACUGCGGCGAGUACGCGCGUCGCACGCCGCUGCCGCACGCGCACGCGCACGCCCAUCCCACCCACGAUACGCAGUUGCCCUGCGCCGGUAACGGUGGAGGCGUAGUGGGUGCGGGCGGCAGCGGAGGUGGCGGCACCUCUGAAUACGUACGGAACGAAUUACGCGCCGUAGUCGGCGCACGAUCCGCCCGACCUGAUCUACAACCGCAGCUGCAACCACCCGACCUCGAUCAGCUGAUGACCUUCGAUAUGUCCACCGCUGGUGAGUACUGUUCAGUUUAUCGAUUCCUGAGCCUGAAAUUCAUAAAAUCAAAUUUUUGAUAUAUCGCGAACUUUAUGGUGCUCUGUCUCAUCUUACUCUG